UCUAAUCUCGCAAGGUGCGAGAUGUUACCCACGUGACCGGUCUCUUCGACCAUCAUACUCCGCCAUCAUGGGUAAACCCAGGGGAUUGAGGACGGCACGUAAAAUGCGCGACCAUCGUCGCGACCAGAGAUGGCACGACAAAGAUUACAAGAAAGCUCACUUGGGUACAAGGUGGAAGGCCAACCCUUUCGGUGGAGCCUCUCAUGCCAAAGGAAUUGUGCUUGAAAAAGUUGGAGUAGAAGCUAAACAGCCCAACUCUGCCAUCAGGAAGUGUGUGAGAGUGCAGCUGAUUAAAAAUGGCAAGAAGAUCACAGCCUUCGUGCCCAAUGAUGGUUGCCUUAACUACAUUGAGGAAAAUGAUGAAGUACUGAUUGCUGGUUUCGGACGUAAGGGUCACGCUGUUGGUGAUAUCCCAGGAGUCCGUUUCAAGGUUGUCAAGGUUGCCAAUGUCUCCUUGUUGGCUCUUUACAAAGAGAAGAAAGAAAGACCAAGAUCUUAAAGAGACUGUAGAAAAUAAAGUGAAGCAAAAAAAUGAACUUUGUGUAUAAAACAAACAUAUUUGAAAAUCAAUAAAUGAUGUCAAAUAAUCAGAAA